AGAGAAGGUUCGACAGGCAAUCAAGAGUUAGUCAAAGCAACAAAAAACGCUCUCCCAGGCAGAGAUGGCUGAGUGUGUGGCGGGAGUAACUCUCAAAAUUUUUCUUCUUCUUUUCACUGGCUUGCUUGGUAAUUGCUUUGCUAAGCUAAACGUGUUCCUUGAUGCUCGGGAGGUGUCGCGUUUUCUUUACGGUAAGUAAUACUUAUGAGUAAACACAACUACAUGUCUCAGUUUAGUAUGGCAUUCGUGCACUCGUCUUUGAGCCAGGCUUUCGACGCUGGACUUCGUUGAGAUUUUCACGUGAAAACCAAGAACAGUAUUACUAAAGAAAAGUGAUGUACAUACAUAUAACACGAGAAAGAAGUAUGAAAAUCAAAUUACAGUUUUUUUCGCUGUUUACUGCCAAUUUUCUGUAUAUUUUUCUUAGCCAACUCUGACAAACUCGAGUCUGGAAACCACGUUGAUUAUAUAACCAGGUGCCUGCGUUCCUAUAAUCCGUUGGAUAGCCCUACUAUCAUUAAUGACAUCGAGAUCAAUCUACUGUUUUCAUCAGCUUUUCAGAGCAACAUGAGGUCUUUUAUCGCCUUUGGAUGGCUAUGGGUUAUUAUCGUGCCAGGAUACAGCUUAUAGCCAUCAGGAACAUCCGGAGUCACGAUAGUCAAUACAGUGGCGGGAUAGUAGUUUAUUUGGAUGCUAGUACAGUUUUAUAAGUAUCCAAUUUUCAAAACUAUAAAUUGCGAUAUCUUAUUAUUGUCUAAAAACGUAUGCAAAUAAACAAACGGUCAGUUUCAAUUCUCAUGUUCUCGAUUCCAAACUGAACAUUUCCCAAAAUGGGAGACACUGCUUCAUGACUCUCUCCCAGUACGCAAGUUCUCCUGGUGCUUAUUUGACUUAAAUGAAAUUAAUUUCGCAUAUUUUCGUAAAGCUAACUGAGAGCGCCAAAUAGUUCACCAUUAACAAUAAUUUCAUUUUAAAGUCAACUCGAUUAGGAACCGCAAAUCUCUCUUCCUUCUGGACAAGCUCCACCACAAAUAAUAUGGACCGCACAGAAAGAUUAUUUUUACCCUUGGAAGUCAUUUUUUCUUCCUCAUUUGGUCUUGCACUUAAAAAUAGAAAUAACAAUGUUGCAAACGAGAUGCACCAAAAUAAUACCUGUAAGUGAGACUCGUAUACUUUGCUUGAAGGGAUGCUGCGCAAAGAUUCACAAAACAUGGACAAAGCGGCUUUAUACCCUGGGAACUGUUUCUCGAAAGUUUCGAUAAUUAACGAGCCAGAAAAGCUAUUGUGGUUUACGUCAAAGAUCGAGGUUUCAAUAGUUUUGUAAAUGAUAAGAUAAAUUUAUCAAUUAAGAAAACAAAUGGACUGUUUUCGCAGCUAAGAACUGCUUUUUUGUUUUUUUAGAUCUUGAUCUGAAUAUUAGACAUUUUUGAGCCGUAACGUCUUGGGACUUCCGAGAAAAGGGCCCCUGAUAACUGUGGGAAAUAAGUUUUGCAUGAAUUGUGUAUCCUAACGAACAAACUACUGAAAGUCCAACCGUUUCAUUCACUUAAUGAUGCUUUCACUUUUUGACAGAUUUGAACACAAACCUUUUCCUCGUCCAAAAUGGAAAGGUCGCUCCCAUAUUGAAGACGCCGAUUUUGUCAAGUAUGAUACCUCCGAUUGAGCCAUACAUUAAGGACCUCAAGUUUAGAUUCAACGCAACUGGAUCGGUAAGAAUGAGUUUUCAUGUGGCAUGCUAGUGGUUAAGAGUUAUCUUUACAGCUUGGAAUCGGACGGACAGGAAAAAGCUGUCUCCACCUUGAUUUCGCCCGCUUGUCUCUAACCGAUCACUCUUUACUGUUAGGCCCUAAGCGUCCUGAUAGCUGGAACAAUUUCUGAAUUUAGGCUAAAGGCUGAUGGAAAACAACAUUUAAUACGAAUGCAGACUCAUAAAUAAUGAGCAAUUUCCGCUUCUCGCUCCGCUUUCCAUAAUUACCCUGACUUUGAAUGAAGCUGCCAGCUGCUUUCCACAAUCUCACUGGCUCAGCUGAAAAAAAUCAAAAUCAGUCAGUGCUACUUAUUUGGCCAAAGGAUGGUUUUCUUUUUUUAAUUACUUAGGACGACCAUUGCUUUAAAGUGCAAGGGUAAGCCGCGCUAAAAACAAAAAUUUUUGGGCGAUAAUUCUCACAAGAGACAGUGCCUUUGUUUUGGUUGGUUUAACCCCUUAGUUUCAUAAUGUUUGCUUUUGUAGCGGUCAACCAUAAUCAGUGAGUGACGUUGUAAUUACCAUGAACAUAGCUACGAGCUAUCUAUUUCUUCAAAAAAUUGUGGAAAAAUGUUAUCUCUCUAUGAAAACGUAAUGAAAAGCUUCCUUCAUAACAUGCUUAACUGAAUUUAAAACCGCAUUGCUAAGCCUACCUGUGAAGCUAAAGGAUAAACAAACACCGACUGAAACAUUGUUUCCUUUUUUGUCUGUGCUGCCUUAGUUUCGUUAGAUUAACUUUAAACUGAAUACGUUUGUGUUUCAGCUGAGUGUCAUAAUAAUAUGUUUAAAGCAUUAGCAACAAAUUAGGUCACUGAAAUGUAAUGAGCAGAGGAAGCCAGGUCCGCUUGACAACUUUGCUGGUAUAUUUUGAGCUUUCAUUAAGUAUACUGACGAAUGGUCGUAAAGAUAUUUAAAAAGACUAGGUUCCAUAGCGGAAACAGUCCCAUAUACUAGUUAUUAUGUACGUAAAUUUUAACUUAUUUUCUUAAAUGAAACUGCAUUAUAAAUGGUAUUAAUUAUAAUGAAAUUUACGACAGGAGAACUGAUUAACUGAGACGAGAGUGAUUCAAAAUUGUAUUAGACACUAAAGUAAACAUCUUAGGCCAAGAGGGUGGAGACCUCAAACAAAGAAGAGUUGUAAAAUUGUCUGGAAACUGUGCGUUUUUUAAUCAUAAUAUCAGCCCGUGGCUUCAAUGUUUACUUUGGUUGCAAUGGUUGAACCCUAUUAGAGCAAUAAUGGAAAAAAAUCACCCGAAAAUUAAUAACAAUACAGUGUGGUAUUAAGUACAUAAAACAAAUAGAUUCUGUUAUGAGUGACACCCCUUUUGUUGAUGGGCUGAAAAUUUGGAUCAAUUUAGUUUUAUGGGAAACUGCCCACCUACCCCUCCCCUAAGUCACCAUUUUGCCAUAGAUCAGAAGUAAGUGUUAAUGUUAGCUUGAGGGAGGGGUAGGUGGGCAGUUUCCAGAAACCUAAGUUGAUCCGAAAAUUUUGUUGUAAAAGUUAAUAGUUAAAGUAUCUCUCAUUCGUGAAUGAUUUUUCAGGUACGGUAUUCCCUGAGUUUCAAGUCGAGUAAUGAAACCAUCAUGAGACAUCCUACGACCAACAUUCGGCUGAAUGGACUGGUGCCUAAAAGAACCAAAGGUAAGGCAAGGCCGGCAACCAAGAAAAGCAAAAGCCCUGGGAACGAGGUUGAACACAGAGACGCGCUUGGUUUUGAAGCCAUCUACAGUUUCCUAAUUGCAAAACUUUUCUUGUGAAAAUGAGUUUUACUUGAAUGAAAGUAACAAACUCAUUUUCAUAUCAAUGGCUCUGCACUUAGCCUCGCCUUGAAACAGAAAGCAUGAUGUCAGAUGCAUGCCUAACUGAAUAGUCCAGUUUCGAGUACGCUAUGACUACUGAAUAAAAGAAGUGAAGACCCACUUUUGCAGGCUUAGCCUCCAUCUGAAGUAAAUAUAUUCACAAAUUCCAACGAGAAAAAUACCUGUUUAUAACUCUGUCUUUUGUGUAUUUUAACUGAAUUUCAAACACUUGCCGAAAUUUGUAAUUAUUUUAUUUUUUGUCGAGGCUAACCCUGCAUGAAUGUGUCGUUAAUGAUUGCAUUCAAGGGACUGGCAAAAUGUGUUCGUUACACCGGGGUUUCGUUAUCUCGAGGUUCUUUUUCAUAUAUUUUGCUAUUACUGGGGUAAAGAAAAUCGUUCGUUAUACCGAGGACGUAGUAGCCUGCGUGGCAGGCGUUUGAAAGCCGGAAGGGAAAGGGAGUUUUGCGAAAGGGAGUUUCAGGCGCGAGAGAAGCGCGGACGAAGAGGUUCGUUGUAUCGAGGUUCCACUGUAUUUUGCGCUUACGGUUACAUUUUAUUCUCAAUUGUGUCCGUUUUUUUAGUUUAUUGUGGCGAUGGAAAAGUGUUUUUUGCAUAGGAGAGAAUACUAGACCUAAGGUGAAACUUGGACAAGGAUAGAUAGACCCACCUUGCUAUGAAAAUCAUUAAAAAAAUGUUAUCGAAAUUUACGUAAGGAAUGCAAUGAUAUCUAACAUCUUGUCCCCUUAUUAAAUUCAUUCCAUAUGAUUUAAUAAUUUACCCCCGCACUAUUAACUUAAAUUGCACUUUAAUGAUCCUUCUGGAAGAAAACGUACUCAGCGGGAUAAUGAACUCUUAUCUUUCUUGAAGACUACCAAAGGGUCUACAUCAGACAAAUUGCAUUCUUUCGAACAUUUGAUUGUCAUUAAAUUUAGUCAGAGAGCCCAGAUUUCUUAAAUGAUGUUUUUACCACAUGAAGUCUUUUUAGUUUUGACUUGCUAACUUUAGAAGCUGGUGAAUGAGUAAUGCUAAGGUUACAUGUAAGAUGCGUUUGAAAAGAUGUAUGGAAAUUCAUGACUGAAAAUUGAGCAAAGAAAAUUGUUGAAUCAUGAAAGUAUCGCUGCGACAUUUGAAUGUGCCAUUUUGCAGUUGUGUGCUUAGUAUCUGAGCCUUUGAGUGUAAACGUGAGGACAAGGUUGACCUCGUUGUUUCUUUUCUUAUGGAAAUUAUACUUGAAAAUCCAUUACUAGUUAGCAUAAGAACAAGUUAAAUGAUUGACAAAACAAAACAGGGAGGGUAGCCUUGUUUCCACCUGUAACUGUAAAAUGGACUACAGUUAACUCUCUCCAAGACAGACACCUUUGGGACCGGCACUAAGUGUCCGUCUUAGAGAGAUGUCUUUCUUAUAAAGAGUCAAAUAAAGGGAAUAAGCAAAUGCAGGGACCAACUUAAGGUGUCCGUUUUACGGAGGUGUCCGUCUUAUAGAGUUGUCCGUUAAGAGAGAGUCGACUGUAUUCCUCAAAACAUCGCAUCACUUUGGGUAUUGACAAAAUCCUCGUUUGUCCUCAAAGGAGCUGUGUCACGAAUUUUAUCAAAAUUCCAACAGUAGGACCUGCCACCAAAUUGAGUGAAACAUAAAAAUAACAGCUCAAAACGUUAAAAGGAGGUAUUAAUAACACAGCAAAUACAAAAAGCGGUACGGUAACCUGCGAGCAAGUUCUCCAAGACGCUCUAGCGGCUGGGCGGGAAAAGAAAGGAGAGCUUGCAACUCCGUCUCUGGCAUUUCAAUUCCACCUCCAAUUUCCCUGUGGCUCCCGGUCGGUUGGGCCGUCAGAUUUCCGCCAAUCAGCGCGAAGCGGAAACGAGCGCGAAUGUAAACAAACAUUGAAAAACACAUGCCAACCACGUACUGUCAAACCUGUCAGAGCACUUGACUCCCGCCAAUGCGGCCCUGUCGAAUUUCCCAGGGCGGCGCCAUAUAUGGCAUGGGUUUUUGAUUGGUUCCCGUCCUUGCUCCGUUUUGACUGAGUUUUUUGUUUCCUCUGGGUACUCCGGUUUUCCUCUCGCUCCAAAAGCCAACUUUUCUGAAUUCCGCCUCAAUCGGAAGUGGCAGAGCCACCUUGGGGUAUUUUAAUUAUCAUUUGCUUGUUUAUUCAUUUUUUUAAGUAAUGAUAACUACUGCACUGAUUAUAUUUCUAUUUUGGUUUCGUCCAGGCUUUCGUGUGAAGUUUCCUUGCACGGGCAGGGUUACUGGGCAAACUCUGCUAACCAUCAAUAUCAGUUUCACUGAAGUGAACGGUGACCAAAUAUGGGGACCACUCAGUCUUGCUCUCAGGCGAUACUGCGUCUCUGGUUAGUACACAGAGCAUGGUAAUUAAUAGUAGGCUAGGAAAAAAUGUAAUCGAGAGAGCACACUUUUUAUUACAUCCGAGAAGCUGUCGUCUAUCACUUCAAAUGCAUCGUGCGAUUGUCUUACUUGAUACUUUUUCCUUUUUCCGCUUAACCAAUCAAGGUGAAGCAUGGCAUAUGAAUAGCAUUGCCUACAACUUCAGAGGGGCUGAUUUUCCCAUACCCAGAUUUCAUUCGGUAACCUAUGGGAAACACUCAUUGAGAUGUCUAGCACCUAAAUAUAGAAUAGCCUGCAGAAAAACGUAAGAAAUCUACCGAUCGCUGCAGUCAUUUAAACGUCAGAACCGUCUUGUCAAUCUUUCGCUGAAGUUAUAGUCUGAUUGAGAGAACUGCGUAUUAUAUAAUGUAGCAACUGACACACAAGCUGAAUUAAUUGCUUUAUUUUAUUGAACAUUCUAUUUAAUGUGAAUAACUGUAUCAUCUUAUUGUAAAUAUAUAAUGUCCAUCUAGUCUAGUUUUAUAGUUAAUAAUGUUGAUCUAGGCUAGUUUCUUUCGGAUUGUUUAUUGUUAUUUUAGAAUUAGUUUUAUUUCAGUGUUCCCAGUUAGUAGACAGUUUUAAUCCCCGGUUAUUAUAUAGACACGGGUGUUUUCCUGGAAAAUAUAACACUCGUAAAAUUUAUAAAACUAUAUCCGGGACCCGAGUGGUAUAUUCUCCAUAAUCUCACACGUGAGUUUAUCGACGACUCUCUAUCAUUUUAUCGAUUUCAUUUUGUCGAUAUAAUAAAAAGAACAUUACACGGUGGCUUGAAGAUAUGAAUUUUAUUUUCUCUUGGCACUUUUGCCACUCGAAAAUAAAAUCCAUAUCUUCGCGCCACCGUGUAAUAUCCUCUAUUUAAAUACUAUAUUGACAGUUGAAUAAAGUCAUGAUGAUGAUGAUGAUGACGAUGAUUCAUCCGGUUUCCUCCGUUUUUUAAAUUCCUCGUGACUUUGGCCCCAUUUGCUAAGUCAAAUGAAAUGCUUUGUACGUUUUUACUCGAUCCUUUCUCCCUCUUGUGUGUGUGUUUUACGCCCUUAGCCUACGAAGAGAAAACUAAACACCUAGCCAUUACGUCCUAAUCCCACGCUGUUUCUCUCUUACAGACAAUGAAGCUUGGAUCGACAAUACUCGCUUCAAUUCAUCAGAAUCUGAAGACACUUCGCCACUUCCUCCUCCUCAAGUCUGUAAUAAAAAGUGCAACAAGAGACAUAUGAUGAGGCGGUUCUGUUUGAGCGAUUUUGGUUGGUAACGUUAAUUAACAAUUACAGUAGGAAAGAUCAAGGAAACCAUGUAUUGCCACAUGUCUCCUCUUGAAAGGGAAACCAGGACAGUCUUGGAUUCUGGAUUUCGGAUUCCGGAUUCUUUUUCAGUGGAAAUUAGAUUCCAGAUUUCAAUCGCUAGUAGGAUUCUGGAUUCUGGGAGUAGUAUUCCGGAUUCGAAAGCCCAGGAUUCCGGAUUUCACAAGCAAAAUCACCCGGAUUCUGGAAUAUAUGUGGCGAGACAUGUUAGUAUGAGUAUCAGGUUAACAUGCUGGGGGAAAGGGGAAAGAAAGACGCGAACAGGGAAGACAGCGCAGGGAGAGAAACGUCCUCUCUCCACCCCCCCCCCCUCCCUCCCUCCUCUCCCCUAACCUCUCACGAGGGCCUGAUACUCGGGCUAGUGACAUGUUAGGAUAUCUUACAUUUUUUUUGCAUCUUAUGUGUUUAUUUAUCGAUUGAUUGAUUGAUUGAUAGAUAGCGGAACACUAUGGGUAAGAAAAUUUGGUUAUCCAUGCAUCCGAGAAAUUUUGGUAGUCACAUGACCGUCCGUCCGUCCGCCCGCACCACAGAGUAACCAACGUAAAAUGAUCUUUUUUAGUUUUUGUAGCACCCUAAUGAUAGACGUCUAUGUUAAGGUCAAUUAACAGCUGUCAGAAAAGGGUAUCCAGUGACCAGUAUAACCGUACCGCGGGCUCAGGUUUUAAGCUAUCGAGGUCAUGUGUUAUGAAGGAUUUUCCGCUAACCAGUUAUUAGCUUUAAUUGAUCGCAGGCUCAAGUUCACUUUUUUUUUUCAGCAGCAAUUGUUUCUUGUCUAUUGACCCGUCGUCCCGCAUCCAAUUCUUCGGUUAUACUCGUAAAAUUUUCGAUUGGUACUUUGCCCCCCAUCAAUUGUGAUUUCCUACUCUCGUGGUUUGUUCCUACUUUUCUUCGCUCAUUCAAAUAUUUCUCUAUUGAUUAUCGUCCUUCCACGCCUUCAUGUAACUGACAAAUAAAAUAUUUUAAUCAGAAAGUUCAAUACCAAGAUUGCAGAUCAUGUCGUCAUUCUUUUACAUCAACAGUCAUCAAGGCCCGGAUGGAGAAUGAAAUUAUGAGAAAUGGCCUGCACGGUUUGCGAGUUCGAGUCUUGCGUACGUAUAAAGAAGGAAAAGUUCAGGUAAACAGAAGGCAACUACUGGAGAAAAGGGGCCAAGAAAUCACUUGCAGCUGUAGUAAUCUGAAGCCAAACAAAGUGUAUGUUAUCCUUGGUAAAGAGGAUAAGAGGAAAAGGGUUCUUUACAUUGACAACUUUUCAACUGCCCUUGAGUGGUCAAAGAAUGGAAAAGCCCACCUUCGAGCUUACAGGAAGAAAUCCUCUUGCCCAGUGAGAAGGUCAUAAUCAUUAUUAACUCUUUAAUUCCCAGUAGUGACCAAGAACAAUUUUCUCCUAACAAUAUCCAUACACUGUCAAGAGUUAAGUUAGGAGAAUUAAUAAAAUGAUCACCCAAGGGAAAAUGCCUUGAUCUAUCAUCAAAUUCUCUCAAUUCAUUCUUUAUGGAAAUGUAUGGAGAUCAGUUUGGAGAAUUUGUGUGUGGAUACUGGGGCUUAAAAGGUUAACCUGAAAAGGAGGAAAAGGAAACAAAACAAUCGAAGACGCAAUUUUACUUUUGUAAACACCUUUUCUUAGAGUUAUCGAUUUCAUUUCUAGUUGCGUGCUGUCCAAAGAGAAAAGAACAUUUUUUUAACAGAGGUGACAUAAUUAAGUAGUGGUAAAUGACUUACCUGAGGAAGUACUCUCUAAGAAUAUUAUAAUUGCUUUGCAGUAAAACCCAGCAAUUUUAAAAACUCGAUGAUGAAGCUCCUUAGGUCAUUUAGCUGAGGUGGAUAAUUAAUAAUAAGCCAUUGUAACUAAAUGUAUAUAAUGUACAUAAUAUUGUAGCCAGGGUAGGUGCCAUCUUAACUCUCUUGGGGGAGGGGGCUUGGUGCAGUGUCCCCCCUGGUUUCUCACUGUGUUAUUAUUUCGUUGAAGCCUACCUUACAACUAACGCAAAAAUGUGACUACUGCAUUCAGUUUACGAGCCUGAGCCGAAUUUCAAGGCCCUCUUGUUCACGUGGCGCUACAACGGUGUUGACAGUGUACCCCUGUACUUCCGAAAGAAUGAAUGCAAAAGGAUAUGAAGCUGAGUAUGAUAUUAUAUGAUAUUAUAAAAAUGGGGACGAGACAAAUAACACCCUCCGAGAUCUGCAUAAUUCUUUAUAUUAUAUGAAUGCUGAGUCCAAUAAUUGUUUUAUUAUUGAUUCAAAAAAAAUCAAAUGUCUCGAUCGAUGUAUUAAGUUCCC